UUCUCAACCUGCCAAUGUUCUCGCGUUUCCCUGUCUCAUUCUCCAUUGCUUGUUACAUCUUUUUCUAUAUUUCUCAUCAUAUUCGUUAUUAGUUUACGGUUUCUCUAUCGUCGAGGGCUUGAUUCUCUGCUCAAUAUGGCAGAGCCGAAUGGGUUUUAUAGAAUUAGGCUUUCCCAAUUUCGUGGGAUUUUCAAUAAAAUUUCUUUCUUGGUUUUGCUUUUUUUGUUGUAUAAUCAGUUUCUUGUGAAUUCGCCUUCGUCUCUUCCUCUACAAUGGGAGUUAAGUGGUCGGAGUAUUGCUGAAAUUAAUGGUACUAGUUCUCUCAAUGAUACCAGUAUUAUUCCCCACCAUGAUCCUAAAUUAUGUGCUGGGUUGUUGGAGCAUAAAGACUAUAGCAAUCAGUGUGAGUAUUUGAUUGCUCAUCCUGAGUGUACCUCAGGUGGAUUUUUCAAUUACAUUAGGUUUUUCUUUUGUGAUUGCAAGAAAUAUGCUUUUUUGGGUUAUAUAGUGAUGGGCACAUGGCUCCUUGCGCUGUUUUAUCUUUUGGGGAAUACUGCUGCCGAUUACUUUUGUUGUUCUUUGGAGAAGUUAUCAAAUUUGCUGAAAUUGCCACCAGCUGUCGCUGGUGUUACUUUGCUGCCAUUGGGAAAUGGGGCCCCUGAUGUGUUUGCUAGCAUUGCUGCUUUUGUUGGCAAGAAUGCUGGUGCAGUGGGUCUCAAUAGUGUCUUAGGGGGAGCUGUUUUUAUUACUUGUAUUGUUGUGGGUGUUGUUUCUCUUUGUGUAGCAGAGAGGAGGAUUCAGAUUGAUAGGGCAUGUUUUAUUAGAGAUAUAUGCUUCUUUAUGUUUACUCUUUUGUCACUCGGUACGUUGUUGAUUGUUGGUAACGUGUCCAUCGGGGGUGCAGUGGCAUUUGUCUCUAUCUAUGUCAUUUAUGCAUCUGCAGUUGCUGCAAAUGAGAUUUUUAGGAAACAUGCUUGGAGAUUGAGAUUGAAUGCUAUAAAGCCAUUGCUUCCUGUGAAAGGAAGUAUUUUUUCUCAUGAAAGUGAAGAGGAUGACUCUGUCAAUGCCUCACUGCUCGAGUCUGACUCUAAAGGUGAUGUGCCACAUCUCCAAAAUAAACUCCCCCAUUGGAUGUGGGCCUCAAAUGUGGCAAUUUAUUCAGAUGAGGUCAUGAAGGAGAGUCCAGAUGAUCCAAAAGACGUGUGGGGUUGGAAUGAGGAGGAAACAGUGAAUGGCUGGUGUUCUUGCUCCUUUUCUAAAUUGUUUUCCUUGCUGGAGAUGCCAUUGACACUCCUGAGAAGAUUGACAAUUCCUAUAGUGGAGGAGGAACGAUGGUCAAAAGGUUAUGCUGUCGCCAGUGCAACAUUAGCACCCAUACUUCUGGCGCUUUUAUGGAACACCAAAGAUAAUGUUAGCAUAUUGAAUCGAGAAAUUUCAUAUUUUCUUGGUGUUGCUUCCGGUUGUGUUUUUGGUGUUCUUGCAUAUCUCUAUACCAAAGCUGAUGAGCCACCCCGCAAAUUUAUAUUUCCAUGGGUUCUGGGGGGAUUUUUUAUGAGUAUUAUCUGGUUCUACAUUGUAGCUAAUGAACUCGUCGCUUUGCUCGUGGCAUAUGGUGUAAUAUUUGGAAUUAAUCCAUCACUCCUUGGAUUAACUGUGUUGGCAUGGGGAAACUCAAUGGGUGAUCUGAUGUCAAAUGUUGCAUUAGCAACGAAUGGUGGGGACAGCUUGCAAAUUGCAAUGUCUGGGUGCUAUGCGGGGCCCAUGUUCAACACACUUGUUGGAUUGGGACUCUCAAUGCUGCUUGGAGCCUGGUCUGAUAGACCUAGACCUUACAAAGUUCCUGAAGAUAGCAGUUUGUUUUAUACAAUGGGAUUUCUUAUGUUGGGCCUUAUUUGGUCCCUUGUUGUGUUGCCAAGGAAUGACAUGCGCCCUAACAAGAUAUUAGGAGUUGGUCUCAUAACAAUCUACUUAAUGUUUCUAAUUUUCAGAAUAAGCACAUUCUUGGGUGCUAUGUCAGGCUCAGGAUUGUAUUGAUUUUUGCAUUGUACCUUAGCCAGUUUUGAUAUUCUUUGACUCCUCAAGUACUAAAUUUUGAUCUUGUCCACUUCAUUCACUGUUUUCUAUUCGGUGAACAGUCUCUCUUAUCUUGUAUAGCAUUCAGUUAGAGUCAGGUGUCUGAGUCUCCAGACAAUAUUAUUGUAAACUGCCGUUUCAUAUUAAGAAAUAUGUUGACUCAA